UCAAAAACUCUCAAUUAAGAUUCAAUCAACGAAAGGGUCUUCGAGCUAGGCGAAGAGGAGAAAACCCAAAACAGAUUCUGCUCCUCUUCUCUUCUUCCUUUUUCUUCCGCAAGAAAGAGCAAUUUCAGGCAAUUUAAUACUUUUGAAUGUUUUUUAAGCUUAAUUUUGAUUUUAAUUUUUUUUGUUAGAUGAAUGGAAGUUGGUUGUUCAGAAAAAAAAGAGGCUCCCCACUACUCUAGUUAUUUGAAUCUUGCUUCGUGUUAUAAUUUAAAAGUUCAUAGAAACAAAUUAAUGCUUGAUGAGUAUAAGUUAAAUCUUUCGGAUUUUGUAAUUCUUCAGUUCGUAACAACCUUUAAUCUAAAGAAUACAAUAUGCUCACAUAAGAAUAUAAUUUUAUAAUAGUGAUUUUAAAAUCUAUGAUUGUGGACAAUGCCUGUCCAAGCAUUUCCAAAUAUCCCAAUAAUGACCCUAAGCUAAAAUAAACAAAAUAUAAGUAUAUAAAAGAAAGAGAAAAUUACUCAGAUUAACUCUAAUCUUUUAGUUAAUUACUAGUUUAUCUCUAUGUAAUCAACAAAUCUGAAUAUAGGUAUAUAAAGACCAAAUAACCCCAAUAAUUCUUCUUUACUACAAUAUUGCCAUUAUCAAUUUAAUUCAUUAACAAAUUUAAAAACUAAAGAAAAAAAAAGGUUUUCCUUUCGUCGUCGUACGUCGACAGAAGCAAAAAUAAACAUUCACAAUAACAAAACCUAGGGUUCGCCUAAGGAGUUGUCGCUAGCGGUUUGAUUUUCUUCCUCUGAUAGUAGCAUCGACAUUGUGAGGGCUUUGAUUUCUCUGGCGAGUGUUUGCAAUCCUUCCUCCGACAAAGCUCGAUUUGGCGUCUUGUUAUCUCCGCUCUUGAACUCUCCGGUGAGAAUCACCAUUGUUUCACCUGUCAUCCUUUUCGUCUCCUCUACUGAAAAUCCAAACUGAUUUAUGGUUCCAAAUAACUUUAGCAAGAAGACUUGAAAUCAGAUUAAGGAUAGUUAUCCCUUCGUUAAGGUAAACACACGCUUUUGUUCACCAAUCGGUAGUACUUUUAAAUUAUGCUAUGAGUUUUAGAGAGUGGUUAGUUUUAGUGUUGAUCUUACAUGUUUUCUAUGACCCCAAACAAGAUAAAGAAUCUUAGAUGUCUUCACUGGUUUGACAGAUAAUCUAUUGUAGUACUGGGUAUAGAGCCUUGGCCAAGAGGUUGAUUGAGUGAAAAUCCUCAUUCUCUUGAUUACAACAAAUACUCGCUUUUGUACUAGCAUUCAUGGUAACAAUUUUUUUUGUUUUCAUUGUUAGAUAUGGCUUCUUCUAGCACUAAGAGAAACUAUCCGCGUCUACUCUGCAGUAAAGGAAAAGCUCCUAGUCAGCAAAGGAGUAUGAGCUAUUAUAGCUAUUUGUCCAAUUUUCAAAUGGUAAGAGAGGGUGUGGGAUUUGAUGCAUGGGAGGCUGUAAAGAAGUCUGCAAUUGGCGUUUUUCCUAUGUUUUAUGAGCUCAAAUUCACAUGGUGUGCGAAGCUUGUCCAUUACCUUUUAACGAAUCAGCUUCAAGUGAAGAAGAAUUAUGAGAUAUGGUCGUUGAUUGAUUGGCAGCCAAUUCGUCUCUCUUUGGUUGAAUUUGGUGAGAUAACGGGAAUGAAUUGUGAACCGUUCCAAAAAAGGGAAAUUUGUGAUGUUGAUCAUACAGACUUCUGGAAAGAAAUGGGGGUUUCUACAGUUGUUGGUCCUAACUUGGUUCAGCUUCAGUCGGUAUUGGAAAGAUGCAAGUAUUGGAGUCUCGAGAAGAGGACAAUGGUUGGAUUGUUAUGUGUUCUUCAUCUUGGUGUCUAUGGAAUUGCUCCCUCAAGUCAUAUUCCGUUGGAGUGUGCGAAGAGAGUCCUUGAUUAUGAAGCUUUCCAAAGAUACCCGUGGGGUCGCGUAGCGUGUCAGAGUUUGAUAUACUCUGUUAAGUGUGCUGAUUACAGCACAAAGGAAUCAUAUACAAUGGCAGGGUUUAUUUUCAUCUUACAAAUAUGGGCAUAUGAGUCAGUUAUGGGCUUACGAGAGCUUUACGGAAACAGAAUUGGUGGUGCAGAAGUGCCUCUUCUUUCAUGGAGUGGAUCCCGCAAGAGAUUCAAGUUCGAGGAGUUUGUUAGACAGGAGAAAGAGCACCAUGAAGAUAAGGUGCGUGUGAGACAUUUUACUACAGAACCAAAUGGACAGUAUACGCCUAAGUGGGAUGAUGAAGUUGAUGAUGGUGAUGUGAUAAACUUGGUUCUGGAUAUACGUAAUGAUUGUAUAAAUAGAGGAUUUUGGGAUGUCACAGAAGAAUCUCCAGCUACUACAAGGCUGAAGCGUCCUAAAUCUGUUCCCGAGACUGAUGGUCAGAGUUCUAAAAAGAAAAAAGGUGAUGAUACAAAAACUGUUGGGAUUGAAGAAAACACUAAUAGUCCAAGUAAAGAAGAAAUUCCAGUGAGCCAGCUUUACACUUUGAUGAAGACAUUGACAGGAAAACUGGAUAACAUAGAUACAUCGAUUGAAGCAAAGGUUGGUUCCCUUCUCGCUCCUAUAACUGAGAAGCUAGCAACAAUGGAGAAGGAACUUCAAAAGAUGAAACAAAAAGAGGCAGCUGAUGAGAGGAAAGAAGAUGCAAAUUCCAACGCUAACAAUAAUGAAAAUGCUGAAGUAAAUAGCAAAGAAAUGUCUUGGAUGGUGGAGAUGAAUUCCACAUCGCAGGAUGGUUUACCUUCUCAACGUGUUGUCAAAAAAGCAAAGAAGGCAAGCAAAAAAUGUGAAGAUAUGGGACUUGACAAGAAAAAGGUUUUUGAUAAGAAGGUUUUGAAAACCAAAAUUCAAGUGCCACAUUUACUUGAUAACGCCUCAGGGGAUGAAACAUGGUCUGAUCCAGUGCAGCGUGAAAAGGUUACAGAUAUUGGUGAUCAUUUAGAUGCCUUAGCAGCCAUGGCUAAAAAGCUAAAUAAGCCUACAUCUCCCACACCUUCGUCACCUCCGCAGAAGCGCCAAACUAAGCUGGCAUCAUCUCAGCUUUUUCCUUUCGUAGGAAACUCUACCGUGAAGCGCAUCAUCACAGGUGUGACACCGUCCGUCUCAGCAUAUGAUCCGUUUGCUGAUGUUGACGCUGAUAAAAUGAGGAAUUUACUGCACUUUUUACUGGAUGAUGAGAAGAACUCGGACAGGACAUCUACCCAUAGUACAGAGUUCUAUAAGGUGAUAAUAACCCCAAGAAAUAAGUGGCGUACAUAUAACUAUGGCUGGUUGAAUAACAUGGUAAUCCUUUUAUUCUUCUUAAAUGUUUUAGUCUUAAAUUCUCUAAGUGUUAUACAUUUGUCCUAACAAGUUCUUUUUAAUUUUUUUUUCACCAUAUGUGGUCUGCGAUGCAUAUGUUCUAUAAGAGAUCACUUUGUGAUCCUUCACCAUACCAUUCUCAGCGCAUUGCUUUUUUGGAUCAGUGGGUUGUCACCAAAAUUGUCAGUGAUUUUAAAGAGUUUAAUACGAAGACUUGGAAACCUACAGAUACAUAUAAGGGUAUCUUCAACGGCACGUAUCCAUCUGACCGAGUCACAAACUAGAAGUGGCUUCACGAUAUAGAUCAUCUAUAUGCAUGUCAUUUCGUAAAUGGUAAUCACUGGGUUGCAUUGGACAUCGACUUGGGGAAGGAGACCAUUACCGUUUAUGACAGCAUUCUGACCUUAGUAGAUGAUAAAGAAAUCCAGAACUUCUGCCGGCCAUUUGCAAAGAUGAUUCCCUCCAUUCUGAGUACUAUGGUCUCCGCCACUGUUCGGAAGAAAAGUGAAAAACAAUUCACUGUACGAAGAUUGAAAAAAGUUCCACAGAAUGACCCCCCAGGAGACUGUGGUGUUUAUACCAUAAAAUACAUUGAAUGU